UGUGUCGGUUUGUGGUUUCCAUAGUGACGGACCCCGCUUUGAUAAUGAGAGUUUAGCCAAAAAGGCAAAACAUCAGCAGGUAUGAGCGCAGAUGCAGUUUUCUCUCUUCAAAACCAGUUCUCCACUGUUGACUAUAGUGGGAAGGUCCCUGUGGAGCACCUAGACUAUGAUUACAUCAUAAAAUGCAAAGAUGUAAAAUACCUGGAGAAGAUCCUGAGCGUGCUGAGGUCUGGCGACGAGGGUAUUUAUCCUCAUCUGAUUAAGUUCUGUGAGAGUCACUUGGAGAAACUGGACCCGAGGAGCCGAGCUCUCAGGAAGGAAAACCCCGUGGCCACAGCAGCCAGCCUCUCUAAUGAUGAGUGGAGCCAAAUUGUUGAUGAGUUGAAGACAUGGCAAGAAGAAACCAAAAAGACUGAGACUUUACUCAAACAGACAUCAGUGUUUAAUGAUCUGGUGAAUAACAACAUGCCACCUAUAAGAGGUUCCAAUUGCUCUGUUCCACUUAGUCAGAAUUCUGUUCCAGUUGAAAAGAGGAAUUCUUCAAAAUGCCCUCUCCCACGUGAUUAUCAAGAAUGGGACAAGUUUGAUGUCGAAAAAGAAUGUAAAAGCAUCGAGGGACUUUUGGUCCAAAAUGAUCCAUCAGUCAUUAUAAACACAGGACACCCAAAAAUCAAGACUAAAGUGGAUGCUUCAUUGCUGACAGAACAGGAGAAGUUUCUUCUGGCAAAUCGUGAAAAGGACAAAGGCAAUGAUGCUUUCAGGGCAAACGAUUAUGAGGAGGCAGUUGCAUACUAUUCCAGGAGCCUUUCCAUUGUACCAACUGUGGCUGCAUACAACAACAGAGCCCAGGCAGAGAUCAAGCUCAAGCACUGGCACAGCGCCAUGAGAGACUGUCUGAGGGUUCUUGAGCUGGAACCAAGCAAUAUAAAAGCCCUCCUACGCCGUGCCACUGUACAUGAUCACAUGGGCAACUUCCAAAUGGCUGCUGAAGACCUGAGGGCGGUGCUCAGGGCAGAGUCGCAGAAUGCUGCAGCCAGUCAACUGUUGUCUGAGACUGAGAAGAAGAUAAAGGAAUGUCAACCAGAGCAGCAAAGCAAAGGCAAAAAAAUCCUAAUCCAAGAAGUAGAAGAGGAGGAGGAAGAUGACAACAAGGAGACAAGUGCAGAACAGACUGCUUGUCCGGUUGAACCCAGCCAGCCUGUGGGAGGGGAGGAGAGCUCAGCUGCUCCUGCCGAAAGGGGAGACAUGGGUAACGCUCAAAAAAAGCCCCACAGCAGAGGGGACGGGGGUCCUCAUAGUGAGUUCAACAACUCCCACCAUGGACACUGGCGGAGCAAAGGAGGCAGCUCUGACAAAUACAAAGUCACGCAGGAGUCUAAGGAUAAGGUAGCCAAUGGAACAGGCAAGAGGGGGUCGACGGCUUCAGUCCCGGCUGAUCAGAGCAACAACGGUAAAGAAACUCCGGUUGGAGGAAAUACAGGGGAAACUGUCAACCUUGAUGCCCCAUGUGGAGCCCUGCCCCCACCUCUGUCUCGGCUAAAGAAUGAAGGAAACCUGCUGUUUAAAAACGGACAGUUUGCUGAUGCACUGGAGAAAUACUCACAAGCCAUUCAAGGCUACACAGAUUCAGGACUUGACAGUCCAGAGGAUCUAUGUAUUCUGUAUUCUAACAGAGCAGCUUGCUACCUUAAAGAUGGCAACAGUCAAGAGUGCAUACAGGACUGCACAAGAGCCUUGGAGCUGCAGUCAUUCUCCCUCAAGCCCCUCCUUCGCCGGGCCAUGGCUUAUGAGUCCCUGGAGCGCUACAGUAAGGCCUACGUGGAUUACAAGACUGUCCUGCAGAUAGACAUCAGCGUGCAGGCAGCACACGACAGCGUUAACAGGAUCACCCGGCUGUUAAUUGAGCAGGAUGGCCCAGAGUGGAGAGAGAAACUUCCGGAGAUUCCCCUGGUGCCUCUGUCAGCUCAGCAGCACCGCAGAGAGGGGCCACCCAGUGCAGAGGCCCUCCAGGCUCGAGCAGAGAAGGCGGCCAAAGAAGCAGAAAGGAAAGCAGAAGUCCGUUUCACAGGUUUGAAGCAAGAAGGGAAUGACUUUGUGAAGAAGGGCCAGUACCAGGAUGCACUGGGAAAGUACACUGAAUGCCUUAAACUAAAGCCAGAAGAGUGUACUAUCUACACCAACAGAGCCCUGUGCUACUUGAAGCUGGAGAGGUUUGCUGAGGCCAAGCAAGACUGUGAUGCAGCACUGAAAGUCGAGCCAACCAAUAAGAAGGCCUUCUACAGACGAGCCCUGGCCAAUAAAGGCCUCAAGGAUUACCUGGCGUGCAGCUCUGACCUGCAGGAGGUACUGCAACAGGAUCCCAACGUGCAGGAGGCUGAGAAGGAGCUGGAAGAGGUCACAGUGCUGCUCAGACAGAGUCUGGCAAACACCAACGCUUCACCAGCCAAACCCAGAAAGACUGUUCCCAUCACAGAGGUUGAAGGUGACGACGUUCCUAACUCAGAGAGCAGUUACAGAGGAGAGGACAUCACCAUCAACCUCAAACCCACUGACGCCUACGAAUUUGGCCAGGCCCUGAACGCAGCUUGCUGCAGCAAAAAUACAGCAGCCUGUGCUGAUCUGCUCGCCUCCACAACCCCAGAGAUGCUUCCUCAGUUCCUGAGUACCCAGCUGAAUGGAAACACCAUCAGCUUCAUGAUGCAGGCACUGGACGCCCACCUCCUGGAGAAAGACCCCAACCUAGUCUACCAACACCUCAGCCACCUGCACACCACCGACAGGUUCUCGGUUGCGUUGAUGCUGCUGGAGAAGGAAGAGCGUCGCCACAUGACUCAGCUGUUUGAGCAUCUGUCUGCUGUGCAGAGCACAGAGUUCACUAAGAACGAUGUUCAGAAUCUGGCCAACAAAUACAUCUGACCCUCUUGUUCCUGCUCCCUGCUGCAUGAGCUGCUGCACCACUACAACUCUUGGAUCUAUGCAAAACACUGCACAAGAACUGAGUACACAAAGGCAGGAAGCUGCAGAAUGUGCCCCAGAGCAAUACAAUGGGACUGAGUCACAUUCACUUUACCGCUCUGUGCUGUAAAUUAUCUGAUCACUGUAUGUUUGAGUGACAGUAUAAGGAAUAUAUUUUUCUCUCCAGAACAUUUUGCUAUGCAGAUUUACUUUUGUACCACCACCAACAACCAUUUGCAUUGUACAACAGGCAGACAGUGGGAUACUAAGGACCUUUAGUGUAUUGAUGAAUAGGGUCCAAUGUACAAUGUUAUGUAAAGCUUAAGGGCAGGUGAGUUUGCUUAGGACAGGCUCACGUUCCCAGAACUGAGCUUUGUUGUUCGGGUCCUGAACCCUGUCUAUCAUUUAAUAAAUGAGCUUCCGUCAGACACCAGCAAAGAUCAGAAAUGAUAUUCAGUGCAUGCUGAAUAUUUCCUAGCUAUGGAAAAAGUGGGGUCAUUUUCCGUUGCUGUGGGUCAACACCAUAAGAUAAAAUAACAAUGUUAUUUUGAACAUAUGUCCUCUAUGAUCGUGGGGGAAAUAGGCCUGCAUGAUAUUUUAUUGCUGAUCUGUGCAGUGUGUGAUAACAGUAUAAGUUGAGCUGAUAUCAACGGACACUGUUGUAGGAGAAAAUACAGUUUAUAACCAUACAGAUGCUCUUUAUUUGUUCAGCUAUGCAACUAGCAGACCUGGUUUUUAAUGUCCAAUCAAUCUCAAAGGCUGGUGUUUGUGUCUUUUUCAUAAGGAAUGAUGUCAAGUCAUUCAACCUAUUUGUUAACCAGAUUAGCCUGACAAACACAUCUGCACAUGCAUCAGCCAUGCAGAUGUGACACUGGAGAUAAGCAGCAUCUUUAUGAGAUGUGUGCCUUAGAUUUCAGACUAGAUGUACUUCCAAUUUGGUGAGUAUACAGAGUAUCUCUACACACACAGUAGCUUUUUAUGAAAAUGUUAAAUGAUUUGGAUUCAUGCAUUAUAAAUCACACAUAUAAUAACUUAGCAACAUGCACGUAAUUGUUUGAAAUAUAAUUUCCUAAUUUACAGUUCAGAACCUUCUGUCAAUGUUAGAUAUUGAACAUUCCAGUCAUAAAAUUGAAGACUGCCUGAAUCCAAACCAUUCGUUGUUCUCAAAUGUUUUACCAAUUCUACCUGAAUGUACAAAAUUGAGUUCAGGAUGAUACGUUGGGGGGCGAGAGGCAAUAAUUUCAGAUGUUCCACAGUUUCUCUUCACUGUGGUUUUACAAUUAUAUUUCCAUAGAGAUGUAAAAAUAAAAAUGUGUACAGUAUUCAGAGGGCUAUUCAAUAAACUGGAAGAAAUGUUUUUCCUCUGUGGUAAGUGAAAUAGCUAAAUAAAAAUAAAAUGGAAUAUAUCAAUUAUUUAGAGCACUUGCAUGAAA